AUAAUAGCUUUAGAGUGAAAAUUUUGCAACCAACAUUUUGCUUUAAUAUAUGUACAAGAAAAUUUUCCCGCUUAAUUAUCCCCCACCCUCGAUUUCAAGCAGGACACCUCAAUUCUCAAACCCUAACUCCAAAUCCCCCUAGCUCAGCCCAAAUUGUUCGAAGAUUAUGAGUACAUGGGAUGCUGACUACUUGGAUUAUUUGGAGGUGGUGACACGGCGGGCACUCCAACUGCCCACAUCCGAUCGCAACGACGAUGACGAUGACGAUGAUGAUGAUGAUGACGAUGACGAUGACGAUGAGGAGGAGGAGGAGGAGGAGGAGGAGGAGGAGCAGGAUGGAGAUGAUGAUGGAAUUCCCGGAACGACGUCGGGUAACUUGAUGAACGACAAUAACGGGAAUGAGAUCCUUCCCGACACUACUGCAUCGUUGCCGCAAGGAGUUGUGGUUGUUGACGAUACGGAUGACGGCGAUGAUGUGGCCGAGGCUGAACGUGAAUGCAGCAGUCUGAGGAAGGGGGUCAGCGGCGAUAAAGGGGCUUCGACGGCGUCGUUAAAUGGAGAUGAUGAUGGAUUGCUGCGAGAGUUUGAUAGGGGUGAAAUUGAUGGACUCUUUUGCCCCAUCUGCCUUGAGGCUUGGACCUCUGGUGGAGACCACCAUGUCUGUUGUUUGCCAUGCGGUCACAUAUAUGGGUUAUCGUGCAUCAAGAAAUGGUUGAGUCGUCAAGGCUCUCACAAGCAGUGUCCACAAUGUAAAAAGAAAUGUCGGAUGAAGGACAUUAGGCUGAUUUACGCAACUCGGCUUGUUGCUAUUGAUGGAGAUCUUCAAAAGAGAGUACAAUCAUUUGAAGCUAAAUGUGCCAUCCUUGAGAAAAAGAGUGCAGACUGGGGUAAGAAGGAAGUAGAAUGGAAGAAGAGAGAAGCUGAUUUGCGCAAGCAAGUGCAAUAUCUCAAAGAGAGGACUUGUGACUUAGAGGAUCUUUUGGAAGAUAUGGAACGCAGGGCAUCAGGGUCAUCUGCAUCAAAUUUGAAUUAUCCAGGAGGUUUGACAAGGGGAGUUGAUUCUAGCCCUAGUUUCCACAGUGGAGGAUCUCAUAAAUUUCAAAUUCUGAGGAACUUUCAGAUACAAGGUGCCCGCCUCUUUGGCAUCGAUCUUAACAGUAAAAUUUUAGUGUUUGCUCGAAGGCUUUCGGGAAUGGGGGGAGGCCAUGUGCUAACCAAAGUGAGCUUGUGCGACGAUGAAAGGGAGGACAUUCAUCUUGCUGAGAACACCAAAGCUGUUAAGGAUCUACAGGUUUCCCCUCAUGGUGGACUUGUGCUGUUAGCAUCCCUAGGAAAGAAACUAUCAGUUCUUAGCACACAAAGCAACAAUACUGUUAUUACUUAUAAUCUACCGGCUGCUGCCUGGUCAUGUUGUUGGGAUAUUUGCAACUCACAUUAUUUAUAUGCAGGCUUGCAGAAUGGCACAGUUUUACAGUUUGACAGACGUCAGACUGCGAGACAUGUAGAAUCCUCAACUGGUCUGACAGACAAGUUAGUUCAUACGUUACAUUCUCUUCAAUCCAAUUCAUCUUGCAGUUCUGGUGUCAGAAGUAUCCUAACUGCAUCCGCACUUGGCAUAUGCCAAUUGAAUUUUGGUGCAAGUGAAGAAGGGCAUUAUCUAAUUCCUGAAUCAGAUAAGCAAGGAGUUUGUAUAUCUCUUGCUUGUUCUGAAUCCAAUGAUUAUAUCACGGCCUCAUAUCGUCCCAAACUUGAGGUAGCUCGCGACAUGGCAAUGCUUACUGCAGCGAGCAGCCAAGCAGUGAUGGGAAGUCAUGUCUUUUACACAAAAGUAGGUGCAACAUACCAAAAGGUGGGAGCAACCUGUGCCAAUGUGAAUGAUAUUAGAGUGCCGAUUAGAUCUGCAAUCAUCGAUGGGGUUUACCAAAAUCCUGCUUUUGCUUCCGGGGACGAAUCUACGUCCGAACUCAUAUUUCAAGAGUUACCAUCUCUAAUGGUUUUGGAGCGUCUUAAAUAUCAAAAUCGCCUAAUUUAUGAUGUCAAGUAUAGCCGACUAUUAAGUUCUGGACUAGUUGGGUGUUUAAGUGAGGACUCCUUUGGCCUAUAUACUGCCAACCUCAUCUAGUCAAACUGGAUUAGUAUUCGCUACUACUAACUUUUUGUAAAUUUUUAUGUAUUUUUAAUCUAACUCAGGUUUCAUGUGCACGAAUUUUCUUUUAAGAUAGAUAUCCUUGUAAAUAUUGGAGGAUUUAAUUAUUUUUUGUAAGAGAAUUGGAAAAUUUAAUUGGGAUAGGUUUUUCCGUUGAA